AAACUAGCAAUCGUUUCACUUUACCUAUCUGGUAAUAUAUGCAUAAAUUCACUGACUAACAUAUCACACAAAGAUACCCUUUAUUCUCAGACACGUUUCUGGCCUUUUUGAUUCAACAAGUCCAUGGCAAUUUACCCAAAGCAAAGAAAGUGAGGAGUGGCAUUCUGCCUAUUUAUAGAGACAGCAGCACAUGUGCUUCUGACCACAGAGCUGAACAGCUAACUUUCUGCUGUGGUAUCCACUUCAACACUUCACCAAGUGACCAAAAUCUGUGGUAAGUUGAUUUUAUGUGUCGACAUGAACAUCACUCAAGUGACGUUCCUGAGGUACAAGAGGCCAUAAAACACAUUUGUGCAUUGGACUCUAAAGAAGCUUCAGUCAGUUUUUGUUCAUAAGUGUAUAUACUGUAGCUGUCAAGAUGUGUUUUUCAACCUCUCUACUGUCUGCCUCACAUGUGUUAUUUUCUCAGAUUCUUCUUGGGCUGAUAAAGGUCUUAUCACACUUUCUGUGUGCUGGUGGCAGAACUUUGACCUGGUGAGAAGACAUCUGUCUGAACCCCUCCCCCUCUGGUCCAAUAGAACCAAUCAGAGAGGAGCUCUGAGUGUCUUUGGCUCUGGUGAUAUAAGGAGAGGGUCAGAAGAUACUCUGAAAGGUCUGUCACCAUGCGGCGGGUCUGGGCUGUGUUCAGGGCUUACCCUUACGUCGGGAACGUGCUCGGCUACACCGCGUUGUUCGCCUCAGCUGACGUCAUACAGCAGAGAGUACUGGGGGGGAAACACUCGACAGCCGGCAUCGACUGGUGUCAGACAGCUCGCGUGGCCACUGUGGGCUUCUGUUUCCAUGCCAACUUCAACUAUCACUGGCUGCGGGCGCUGGAGCGCGCACUGCCGGGGGGCGGGGUGAGGGCGGUGACUGGGAAGGUGGUGGUGGAUCAGCUGGUCGCUGCCCCGCUCACCAUCAGUGCCUUUUAUAUCGGUUUAAGUUUACUAGAAAGCAAGGAUGACGUGUUUGAAGACUGGAGACAGAAGUUUUGGACAUCUUAUAAGACUGGAGUGGUAUAUUGGUCAAUAAUGCAGGCUGUGAACUUCACCCUGGUUCCCCCUGUGGCUCGGACAGUGUUUUUGGGAGGAAUCGCGCUGACUUUCACUAUCUUCCUGUGUCACCUCAGACAGCAGAGUGACAACAAACUUGAAUAAACUUAAGAUCCUCAACUCCAUGAUGAAUGUUUUGUACUGAACAACUGUGACAUUAGAAACGUUUUUUGAAGGCAGGAUUGGGUUGCAAAGUUGUACUGAGAAAAAGGAAUAGAUAGAAAAUUCCAAAUUGGAAAUUUCUAGAAAAAUAGGAUAAAAGUCACAUCUCUGUUGUUUAGCUGUGGAUUAUUGUUUAGCUGUAGUUUGUUUCUUGUUUAAACUGAAUAUGUUAUCCAAAUGUUAUAAUAAUGUACAGUACAAACAUAAUUGUAAUCCUGCUAUUAAUAUUUCAUUUUCCUUUAAAUGUUUAAUUGUGUCAUACUGGAAUAAUUUUGUUUAUGCUGCAUUACAUUUUCAACCAAUAAAAAAUACUAUUUUAA